UUAUUUAUAAGAAAUAUAAAAAAAAACAACUGAAGAAAAAGAAUUAAAAAUUCCGUUAACGUAACCGUGGUUUAACAACUGGCCUUUGUGAGAGAAGAAGAAGAAAAAAAAGUAAAAUUCGAAGUGAAAUUAUUUUCAGUGACAAUACUGGCCAUUAUGUAAUGAAUGCUGUAAAUUGCAAACAAGGCCCAUAACAAGAUGUCCCCCACAAAGGUGUUGUUUUUGGCAAUCUUGGCAGUUCUAUUGCCAAUCGUACAAAAUUAUGACACAAAAUAUACCAAAGCGAGUAUACCGUUAUGGAAACAAAGGGCCUGUGAAAAGGCUCAAAAGCAAAAAGCCAAUUCUCAUUAUACCUGCGAUGAUAAGGGCGAUGUUAAAUGCCUACCAGGAUGGCAAGGAGAUUUAUGUCAAGUGCCCAUGUGUCGCAAGGGCUGUGACCCCAUGAAUGGCUAUUGUCAACGUCCGGGCGAGUGCCGCUGUCGCAUUGGCUACACUGGAGAAUUAUGCGAUAAAUGCAUUCCAUUGCCCGGCUGUCAGCACGGUGACUGCACCAAACCCUUCGAAUGCAUUUGUCGUCCUGGCUGGGAUGGGCUCUUCUGUACGGAACCCUCUUGUCGUGAGGGCUGCCACAACACACGUGGCUACUGUGAGGCUCCCAAUGAGUGUCGUUGUCGCAUUGGCUGGGCUGGACGUAAUUGCAGUGAUUGUGCCGUGUUGCCCGGCUGUCAGCAUGGCACCUGCAACAAGCCAUUGGAAUGCAAUUGUCUGCCGGGAUAUACGGGUCUAUUGUGUCAAUUGCCCAUUUGUGCCUCAGACUGUCAUAAACAACAUGGUUAUUGCAAGAAGCCGGGAGAGUGUCGCUGCAAAGUCGGCUGGACGGGUCCCAAAUGCGAUCAAUGUUUCCCCUAUCCCGGCUGUGUGAAUGGAGACUGUGAGAAGCCAUGGGAGUGUAACUGUAAGCCAGGCUGGGGUGGCAUACUGUGCGAUGAAGCCCUCACCUAUUGCAAGGAGAAUCCGAAUAUCUGUGAAAAUGGUGGAAAAUGCAUAUCGUUGACCAAAGAAGAUGGCAGCUAUCAUUGCCAGUGUCGCCAGGGUUAUUUGGGUAAAAACUGUGAAAUUAUUGAUGAAUUUUUGAUAACCUCCACGGUGGCACCCAGAAUAACCCCACCACCACCCUUGGAUUGGGAAACGGCCGACAUUGCCGAUGAUAUAAAUGAAAAUCUUAUUAGGCGUACUAAUGUUACACAAAAUCUGGCAGCUACCAGGAAACCCUCGGUAAUUACUCCAAUUACCAAGGAGGGUGUAACUGAGAGCCAUGAAAAAAUUCCUCUCAAAAAUAGGUUCAAUUCCACUACACCCAAACCGGUGGUGGUCAUAACUCCCAGUACCCCAACUGCUGUGCCGAAUUUGAAAUUGGGAAAUAAAUUUGAAAAUUUAUUAAAUAUAUCGGGAUCGGAUAUAAUUGGUACUGCCACCACAAAUAUGCUGAAUACUAAGGAUUCUCUCAAGGAUUCUUUGAAGGCAACUAAAAAUUCCAGUAAUAAAACACAAAACGCGACCACAAUGUCUCCCCUAAGUCGGCUUGAGGAGGAGCAACAUCAGCCGACAUUUGGGGUCAAGAACAAGGAGACUUCUCUAAAAGCUGGCUCACAGCAAACAAAGGUGGAAACCGAAGAGGAGGAGGAGGAAGAUGAUGAAGAAUGCACCGAAGAUGAUAAUGACGAAGAUUGUGAAUACGAAGAUGAUGAAGAAGAGGAGGAAACCGAUGAUGAAGAGUAGGAAGAUGAAUGAUCAUUUAGUUAACAUUUGUAUUUAGUCAAGAUAUUUAUAUUUAAUUUAUUUAUUUAAAAAAAUAAUA